CCAGGGUUAACAUCUUUAACAGAGCAUGACAUAGAUGUUGGUGUUUCUCCUCCAGUUAAACAACAUCCAUAUAGAUUACCUCAGUCAUCAAAAUCCUGGUUCAACAGCAAAGAAUGAAAGAGCUGAACUUCAACGACACGUCAUUCAUAAACAGCUUUAAUUACAGCAACAUGACCAACUACUCCUCUGAUCCUGGAGACAUUUUCAUUCCUAUUCCAGACUAUGUGAAUUGGAUCAUCAUUGCCAUUGGAUUUCCUUUAGAUAUUAUAGUAUUGAUUGCAGAUUUUUUUCAGAUGAAAAACGGUCAGGAUGCUCCAGUUUAUGUUAUUAAUCUUCUCGUCUCUAACAUACUUCAGCUCUGCUGCAGAAUUUCAGAACUUUCAAGAGAUGCUAAUUCAAAUGCCCUUUACUUUCUCACAUAUUAUACUAUACUGGUCAGUGUUGGAUUCAUGAUGUGUGUCUCCUGUGAACGGUAUCUGGUCGUUGCCAAGCCACUGUGGUACAGAUUCAGAAGAACCAUCAAGACAUAUGUGGUGGUCUGCAUGGUGGUCUGGAUACUUCCUGUUUUGUUUCCGCUACUUAUUUUUCUGGCUCCAGACUUUGACAUCACUGUUAUCAUCACAGUUCUUUUCAUCCUGCCUUUUCCCUUGUUCAUCUUCUUCCUGGUUGGGACUAUCAAAGCUCUCUCUGGAGCGUUCAAUGUCCCAGCAGAUGAAAAACGACGAAUCGCAGCCAUUCAGGUUGUGGAGCUGAUUAUUUACACUCUGCUUUAUCUGCCCAUCAUCGUUUCGUUUGUGACUGUGUUUGUGAAGUGGUAUUCUAAUUUUUGGUAUACUGCAGGAUUCAUUUGUGUUUUUCUUAGUCCUCUUGCAAACACAACUUUCUAUUUGUUGAGUCGGAAAAGCAUCAUGGAUACGUUUCUGGCUUCAAUCUGUUCUUGUAAAAUAUCUAACAAUUAG